GCAGCCGCUGUCGUCGAGUUGACGUCGUCGUUUGCCAUUUUACCAGUUAAGAUCUGCGUUUUGUAUCUAUCGCAAAACAGUUGGAAUUGUUCGCUUGUCGGCUGAACAACGCGCUCUCUUUGAAACGAAAUUCUAGUGCGCAAGGACUAUACCUACAAAAGGAUAACAAAUCAAUAUACAAUGGCUAAGAUCAUAUUUAGUGCUAUAGUGUGCAUCGCCAUGUUUGGCUCUUUAGCUUCUGCCGCUGGCGGAGCCUGCCGUGAAGCGAACGGCACAGCGCCCGUGUCCGGCUCGUGCGAUGCGUACAUUCAGUGCCGCGAUGGCGUAGCCGAGGAGAUGCUCUGCCCGGACGGUCUGCUGUACAAUGAGAAGUCGACGGGCUAUCCUUGCGGCUAUCCCAUCGAUGUGGAGUGCACAGAGCCCUCGGCUCGUCUGCAGUCGGCGCAGCCCACGGACGAGUGCCCACAUCAGUUCGGCUACUAUCGGAUGGGCGAUGCCAGCCACUGCGGACAGUUCAUGAACUGCGCCGCCGGACGCGGCUUUGUGUUUGAUUGUCCCGUCGGCUUGGCCUGGAAUCCAGCAACCUACAAGUGCGACUGGCCCGAUCAGGUCGAAGGCUGCGAUGCUGAAGCUUUCCUGGGCUUCCGUUGCCCAGCACCAGCUCAACGUUCCGAGCUGCUCGGCGAGCAGGAGCAGGACUACACCUUCCAUGCCUCGCCAGACAAUUGCCAGCUGUACUUCAUUUGCAUUGAGGGACGCCCACGUCGCAUUGGCUGCGGCGAGGAUCAGGCCUUCAACCAGGAGACCAAGCAGUGCGACGAUAUCGAGAAUGUGCCCAACUGCAGUGCGGACAUAAUCGAGAAGGGCGCUCAGAUCAAGGCCGCGCGCCUGAAUGCCGCCAAGGAGCGUCGCGUUAAGAACUAAGCCUCAUUAUCCAACAUUUGGCCAAUUGCGUUGUAGAAGUUGCAGAUUUUUGUAAAGAAUUGCUCGAGUUAUCUAGUCUGUAGUUAAAAAUGGGCGUGGCGCCAUACAAUUGUUGCAAUGCCGUUACAAUAAAAUCUUUUGCUAAACUCAAAACAAGUUCGUUGUGCAAGU